AGGAGGUAAGCGCUAUUAGUCAGCAAAAUUGCGCGAAAUUGUGACAGGCGUUGAAAUGUAAUGCCAUUCGAUUUUGUUAGUUCUUCGUGCAGAAAAAAAUAAACUUAAUCAGAAGUAUACAAGAUGGCAACUGGUGGAGAUGAGAAUGGUAACAGUUUGGACAAAGAUGGAGAUGAACCUGUUUUUUCAGUUAUACACAAGAAAGGGGAUUUAUUUUCAUGUGAUGCAUGUGAAAGUCUUGCACACUGUGUGAGUAAGGACCUCCGUAUGGGCAAAGGCAUAGCCACGCUCUUCAAACAGAAGUUUCAGGGUCUGUCAGAUUUAAAGGCACAAGCUAAAGAUGUAGGUGAUGUAGCUGUUUUAAAGCGAGAUGGGAGAUUUAUUUACUACCUCAUCACAAAACCACAAUACUUUAAUAAACCGACUUACAAGACCUUGGAGCAGAGCUUGCAAGCGAUGAAAGCUCACUGCGUAGAGAAUGAUGUUAAAGCUGUAAGUAUGCCGAGGAUUGGUUGUGGACUUGAUAAACUCGUGUGGCCAAAAGUGGAAGAAAUUCUGAAGAAAUUAUUCCAAGACAGUGAUAUUGUGAUCACUGUUUAUAGCUUUUAGAUGUACUUGUGUUUUCCAAGGGCAUCAUUUAAGGCCAUACCAAUUUGUGAAUAGAGUUCCCUUGGCAACAGGAAACAUCAACCUAGAAAAUUAGACAAAUUGUUGUAGAUUGGACAUGUUUUAAGGUUCAUUAUCAUCAUUUCUUUCCUUUCAUAUCAAAGGGGUAAAAGUCUA